CACGUGAGUUCAUCGGCGGGCAGCUUGACCGGGAGCAGCCUGGGCGAUCGCUAGGGGCGUUCCACAGCCCCGUAACAUCGGGGGCCGGGCAGAGAGUUUCAGGCGGUGCGCACAUGGAGGAGUCAGUUUUCCUGGAGAUCAGGCGGAGGAUGCAGAGCGGGCUGCUGAUUAUCCGUGAGCCAAAAGCAGGAAAUUUGCCAGUGGAUAUUACAGUGUGUCCAGGAUCAUUAGAAAUAAAAAGUUGUCAAGCCUGCAACAUGAUCAGCUUUCCUGCAGAGGUCAGGAUUGUUCCUUCUUCCUGUCGAGGAUUGCAAUAUAUAGCUGGAGAUGGUUUACAUGUGAGGCUGCAAGUUCAAGCAGAUUCAGAUACAACAUUAAUUUCAACUUUGAGUGAAAGUCUGAAGGCACAGAAGAGUUGCAACUUUUACUGUCAAUCUUGUGGUGAAAUCAUAAUAAAAGAACGGACGUUUCUCAGAGUUCUUCCCCUACCGAGUGAAAACUGGAGUGCUUUGGUUGAGGAGUGGUGCUGCCAUCCCAAUCCCUUUGCCCACAGCGCUCUUCACCCUCAGAAUAACGAUUGUUUUCUUGGACACACUUACUUUCUGGUGAAUUCAGGAAAUGAGUCACAUGUGCCUGUACCUGAAAUAGUCCAUUCAGAGACUGAACAUUCUGCUUCUGAGAGGGGCCCUACCUUGAAGUCAAAGGAAAACGCUAGAGUAAUUUGUAAGCGCUGCAAGGCAAUGCUGGGAGAGACAGUAUCAUCAGGGACUACAAAAUAUUACAUCACUGAGAUGAUUAUUCAGCCAUCUGGAACAAAUUUUGACAUGAUACCAAGGUCUCAGUUUGUACAGAACAUUAUAGCUCAGUGUCUCGUGGAACUGUCGUCUGCCAGAAGCACAUUUAGAUUCAGAAUACAAGGGCAUGAUGGAAAAGUCUAUAUCUUGAUGUGGCUUUUAAAUUCUGACACUUUAUUGGUGGAAUCUUUGGGAAAUUCAGCAUCCAGCAGUGUUUUUACAUUGUUUGAAGAUAAUUUGAGGCCUGAUUCCAAGUCUUCAGGCACAUGGAAUGCAGUCAAAGUUCUUUAUCAUCCCUGCAUUAAAAACAGGAAUAAGGACCUUGCUGAUGCAUGGGAAAGUGAUAUUGGAGUUCAUCCUCUAACAUUUCCAUCAAAAACCUGUUUGGAAUUGUUGUUGAUACUGAGUUUGAGUAAUGCUUGUCUACCACCUUCACUACGGUGCAUGAACUCCUUCCAGGUUGCCUUUUUGAAGAUGUGAAGAAUCCAGACACAUUCACUGAAAAUUAUUCUGAAGUUAACCUUCAAAUAAAAUACAGAAAUAUAAGGAUAAUUUCCAUUGGGAUGACUUUCCAGCAAGAGUCAGUGAGAGUGCAAAACCUCAACAUAAUAUUAUUUUAUUAUUUAUGAUAUUUGUUGUAUUUUUGGUUUUGAAAGAGCAAAGCCAAUGACUGAGAAAGUUGGUUUAGACAGGCAUACAUUACAAGACUGGAGUUCUGAGAGUGACUUAUGUCUGAAAGCUGGGGUGACUAUAAUGAUGACCUCUUAAUCACCAAGGGAAAAGAAGUCAAUUAUCUUGAUGGAUAGUAACUUAUGUAUUUUAUGUGGAAAAUGAAGAACUGACAGCCAGUAGAGGGUAUAAAAUAUUUAAUAUCGUGAAUUCUAACUCCGAAAUAUAUAUGCAAAUUUUACCGCUUUUCUCACCUUUUUGAGUUGGCAGAGGUAAUCAGACAACUAGAACUGUAAAAUGUAAACUUGUUUUCCAGCAAACUUAUGUAUGUAGCAUAUACAUUAUUUCCAUAUGAAAUCCUACUCCCUAAUCAAGAGAGAAGGUAGUAUUUACACGGCUGCACUCUAUGUAAAACUGAAUGAAAUUGAUAAUUUAUUAGUUAAAGUUCACAGACAAAAUGUUUUUGUGAUUACUUAAGAGAGUAUCUUGCAACUACAAAAAGAAGGGUGUCUGUGAAUAUAGGGUUCAUAGAAGUUGCUGAACUGACAGUCCUCUGUUUGCGAAGCACGUGCAUCUCAGUUUGUGACAACAUAAACUUCCCCACAUAGCCCUUCCUAGACGUUCCUAGGUGCCUCAAUCCUGGCUUGGCGGGACCAUAUCGAUGGAGUAGUUCAGUCCUUAUUGCCCAUUCAGUACUUUCUCCUCUUAUCAGACUGUCAAGAGAAGUUGACAAGUGAGUUAGUGCUGACUGGAGUUGGUAGCAGUUUCUGUGUUGUAGACACUUAUCUACUUGUAAUUGGACUGAUACCACCAAAUGCAUUCCAUGUGGAACAAAUAACCUUGCACUGUUUCCAAUUUUGGAGUGGACCUCUCAUUCUUUAGUUGUCAGUAAUCAAUUUGGUCUCCACUGUGCAGAGAGAGUGCCAGAGAGGAUAUGUAUAUAUGUGUGGGCAGUGGAGGGAAAGAUGAACUAUUCAUCUCUGCAUAAGCACCACUACUACCAUAAUUCAGCAGCCACUCUGUACUCUGCCUAAGCUAAGGAUAGAGCGGAACUUCUGACAAAAUUCAUAUUGUGGAUCCCUUUUAUACUGUAUACCUGAGACCUGUAUUAACACAUAUUUGGAACCCUGCUCAUUUUGUAACCUUAAUCUAUUUUCUUGUGUGUCCUCAAGAUUGCCACAGAAUACCAUUGGGGCCGAAAACUUAGCACGAUUCAAAAAGGGUCACACGUUUAUACAGAUAACUAGAUGAUCCAGAGUUAUACUAGUUUACGCUACCAUACAUUUUGGUUAGAGUUAUUAAACACCAUGAUUCAGGUUGUAAAUUAAUCUAAGUAUAGGGGUUACGAGGAGACCGAAUACAGUAUGCAGCAUAGCCCACGUUAGUCUGUUCUGUUUUGUGCCUUCCCUUGAAGCAUUUAGUGCAGUCCGCUUUUAGAGACAGAAUACUGGAUUCGCUGAACCAUAGGUCUGAUCCAGUCUCACAGUUCUUAUGUCCUGAAGAUGCUUGGGAGAAGCAUUUCUACUGAAAAUAGUGGAAGAAAUCCUGUUUGUACAGACUGGCUUUUUUGCAGUACUCAUCUUUAAACAAUUAAGAAAUAAGAGAGACAAGGUGGGUGAGGUAAUAUCUUUUACUGGACCAACUUUUGUUAGUGAAAGAAACAGCUUUUGAGCUUACCUCACCCACCUUCUCUCUCUUUAAUAUCCUGGGAUCAACACAGCAGCUACACUGCAAACAAUUAAGAAAUAAGAAAGCUGUAAGCUUGUCAAAGGACAAUUCUUUAAGAGGAACAGGUUUAGAGGGAGAGAUUCUUGUUGUUGUAAGAGGGGAAUGGUCCCGCUAUUGUGGGGAACUU